CUCUCUCUCUCUAUAAAACCCAUCAUUUUUCUGCAUUUCCUCUCUCAUCUCACCAUGGAUUCCGUCGCCUAUCUCAAGUUCUUCAAAUUUUCCGGCGCCGAUGGACUACGGAAACAAGAACAAGAGGAAGAAGAAGAAGAAGAAGAAGAAGAAGAUUCGUUCUUCGAUCUCGAGCUUUUCUCUGUUUCCGCCGGCAAAAUUCAAAGCCCAGAACAGAGGCCUCAAAUUCCGACCAAAUUAGGGGAACACAUGAACCUCUGUUCCGAUUCCAUUUCGAAACGGAAGAUUCUUCCAAUCGAACACACUUUGAAGCCCCAAUCAUCGAUUCAAUUUCUCAAAUCAGCUCCCAAAUUCACUGAUUUCAUCUUCAAGAAACAGAGAUCAAUGUCCAAGAACAGAGCACCCGCUGGCCCAGAACAAGAAGAAACCCGAAUUCUAAGCUCGAAAUUCACCAGAGACAACAGCAUAAGAAGAAUCAGAGGCAUUUUUCCACCGGACCCAUGUGGGGUUCCGGCUCCAUCUCCGGCGUGGCGGUUCUCAAAGGAGGCGGUGCAGAAAUAUCUAAAGCUGAUAAAGCCUAAGCUUCUGAAGAAACCCACCGACAGCGGCGGCGAGUUGUCGUCUGCAGCUGUGGAUUCUCCGGUGAGGGAGAAGCUCGAGAAUGGUCUUCCGACAGGGAUUCGGUUGGUCUGUAAGCAUCUGGGUAGGAGCAAAUCGGCCUCAGCAGCUAGCGGAUUGGCGGCGGUGGCUCCUCCGCCGAACCGGAGGGAUGAUUCGUUAUUACAGCAACACGACGGGAUUGAAAGCGCCAUUUUACACUGUAAAAGAUCCUUGAAUGGAUCCACAGAGAAACCUGUGUUGGGUGUGGACGUCUGAGAGAGGUGUUUCAGAGUAUUAUGUUCUUGUUCGAUUCCAUUUUCCGCCAUUGAUUUGGAAGCAAAGAGCUUCAAAAUAAUAAAAUCUGAGAGAAACCCAGAAGAGGAAGAACAUUGAAAA